UCAGCUCCAGCAUAAGCAAAAUUAUCACCCCGCACACUGACUUGCAUGCAAUUAUCAGAGCUCGGGUGCUCUUCCGUUGAGGGACUUCGCCCCUGAGAUCGCUGACUUUCUGUGAAUGACAAAUCAAAAGUCAGGUUUGGAGAACCAGCCCGACUUUCCUGCUCAUUUGCAGCAGAGGGAGGAAAGAGAGAAUGAAAGAUUCUGAAAAUAAAGGUGCCUCAUCCCCAGACAUGGAGCCCAGCUAUGGGGGAGGUCUCUUCGACAUGGUGAAAGGAGGUGCAGGGAGGCUCUUCAGUAACUUAAAGGACAACUUGAAAGACACCCUCAAAGACACAUCUUCCAGAGUUAUACAAUCUGUUACCAGCUACACGAAGGGAGAUUUAGACUUUACUUAUGUUACCUCCAGAAUUAUUGUGAUGUCCUUUCCUCUGGACAAUGUUGACAUAGGAUUCAGGAAUCAGGUGGAUGACAUCCGAAGCUUUUUGGAUUCCAGACAUCUUGACCACUACACGGUGUACAAUCUGUCACCCAAGUCUUAUCGAACUGCCAAGUUUCAUAGCAGGGUCUCAGAAUGCAGUUGGCCCAUUAGGCAGGCCCCCAGUCUGCACAACCUUUUUGCUGUGUGUCGGAAUAUGUAUAAUUGGCUACUACAGAAUCCCAAAAACGUCUGUGUUGUCCACUGCUUGGAUGGACGGGCAGCAUCGUCAAUUCUGGUUGGUGCUAUGUUCAUUUUCUGUAAUCUCUACUCUACUCCUGGCCCAGCCGUUCGAUUGUUAUAUGCAAAGCGACCCGGAAUCGGACUGUCGCCAUCCCACAGGAGAUACCUGGGCUAUAUGUGUGACCUCCUAGCAGACAAGCCCUACCGCCCUCACUUCAAGCCUCUCACGAUUAAGUCCAUCACUGUCAGUCCAGUCCCUUUUUUUAACAAACAGAGAAAUGGAUGUCGUCCUUACUGUGAUGUACUGAUUGGAGAAACCAAAAUAUAUACGACCUGUGCAGAUUUUGAACGAAUGAAAGAAUACCGUGUCCAAGAUGGAAAAAUCUUUAUUCCCUUGAGCAUCACUGUGCAAGGAGAUGUGGUUGUUUCCAUGUAUCACUUGAGGUCAACCAUUGGGAGCCGACUACAGGCUAAGGUGACCAACACCCAGAUAUUCCAGCUUCAGUUUCAUACUGGAUUCAUACCACUGGAAACCACAGUUUUAAAGUUCACCAAACCUGAAUUGGACGCAUGUGAUGUACCAGAAAAAUAUCCUCAGCUAUUUCAGGUGACUUUAGAUAUAGAACUACAGCCCCACGACAAGGUGAUAGACUUAACCCCACCAUGGGAACAUUACUGCACGAAAGAUGUCAAUCCCAGCAUCCUCUUCUCUUCUCACCAGGAGCAUCAAGAAACUCUGGUCUUAGGAGGACAGGCUCCAAUAGAUAUCCCUCCGGACAACCCCAGGCAUUUUGGGCAAGGUGGCUUCUUUUCCUCUCUCUGUUGGCAAGAUCAGAAAUCGGAAAAAUCAUUCUGUGAGGAGGACCAUGCUGCCCUAGUGAAUCCAGAAAGUGAGCAAUCGGAUGAUGAACUUCUGACCCUUUCCAGUCCACAUGGCAAUGCUAGUGGUGACAAACAGCAUGGAGCUAAAAAGCCCAGCAAAAAGCAGCAGGAGCCAGCUGCCCCUCCACCCCCUGAAGAUGUGGACCUUCUGGGUCUAGAAGGAUCUGCAGUGAGUAAGAACUUCUGUCCGCCAGUGGCUCCUCCCACUAAUUCUGAACUGCUGAGUGACCUGUUUGGAGGUGGAGGUGCGGCGGGGGCUGCCCAGGCUGGACAGUCAGGGGUGGAAGACAUGUUUCAUCCGAGUGGACCUGCGUCUACCCAGUCGACACCACGCCGCUCUGCCCCCUCCACCUCUGCAUCUCCAACCCUAAGAGUGGGAGAAGGUGCCACCUUUGACCCAUUUGGAGCACCUUCUACACCAUCAGGUCAGGAUUUGCUGGGUUCUUUUCUGACCACAUCUAGUGCUUCCAGUGACCCCUUUCUUCAGCCUACAAGAAGUCCUUCACCUACAGUGCAUGCGUCUAGUACACCUGCUGUGAACAUUCAGCCAGAUGUUUCGGGAGGUUGGGAUUGGCAUACCAAACCAGGAAGCUUUGGAAUGGGAAGCAAGUCAGCUGCCACCAGCCCAACAGGAUCCUCGCAUGGCACGCCCACGCAUCAAAACAAACCGCAGACUCUGGAUCCUUUUGCUGACCUUGGGACUCUAGGUAGUUCUUCCUUUGCCAGCAAACCCACCACACCAACUGGACUGGGUGGAGGAUUUGCGCCUCUCAGCUCACCGCAGAAGGCAUCUCCGCAGCCUAUGGGUGGAGGGUGGCAGCAGGGAGGUGGCUACAACUGGCAGCAGACACAGUCCAAGCCACAGCCCAGCAUGCCCCACUCCUCUCCCCAGAACCGACCCAACUACAAUGUGAGCUUCUCGGCCGUGCCUGGGGGGCAGAAUGAACGUGGGAAAGGAUCAGCUAAUUUGGAAGGGAAACAAAAAGCAGCUGACUUUGAAGACCUACUUUCUGGUCAAGGUUUCAAUGCACACAAAGACAAAAAGGGGCCUCGAACAAUAGCUGAGAUGAGAAAGGAAGAAAUGGCUAAGGAAAUGGAUCCUGAGAAAUUAAAGAUUCUGGAAUGGAUUGAAGGUAAAGAGAGAAAUAUCAGAGCACUUCUGUCCACGAUGCACACUGUGUUGUGGGCUGGGGAGACCAAGUGGAAACCAGUUGGCAUGGCUGACCUGGUAACACCUGAGCAGGUGAAAAAGGUAUACAGGAAGGCUGUGCUGGUGGUGCACCCAGAUAAAGCUACUGGGCAACCCUAUGAACAAUACGCAAAGAUGAUUUUUAUGGAGCUCAAUGAUGCCUGGUCUGAGUUUGAAAACCAAGGUCAAAAGCCCUUGUAUUAGUUUUUGAGCUUUUCCAUUUCUGCUGCAGACCUGUGCUAAUGCUUAGUGUGUGUCACAGUUCUGAAGUUUUCACAGGUGAACCAAAAACUCCAGUAACAUGUAUCCAGUACUAAACUGUUAAAUUACUCGUGAAUUAAUUACUCAUUGAUAAGGAAUGUGGAUGUUUAUUUCCUCAAGUCCCCAGCAUAAAAGGUCCAGAGCAGGGAAGGAACUUUUAGUCAGAGGACCUUGUGGAGUUCCUACAUUCCAGCCUGCCCUUUGGGGGGCAGACUCAGCAUUUUGUGGGGAAAUGGAAACCAGAGGCCACCAAAGGCAUAGCACCCAUCUCAUUGUAUGAGAAUAGGAUUAAUGAGCAAAAGCUAUGAUAAUAGAAGUACAUGGUGGAUUUUAACUAAUGGUUUUUAGAUUUUCUUGGAAAGAUGUCAUUAAAGCCAUGGCUUUACAUUGACUUUAGGAACACAACCACCAAGUAUUUUAUUUUUGUGGAAAUUUACAAUGGUCUUUAGCAUAAUACUGUAUACGUCUUUGGGUCAAGAGGACAAUGUAAAUUGUGGGAAGUGAUUGUAUUACAAUCCAGUGAUUGCCAACCCUGGAUAAGCUAAAAAUUAGUGCAAAUGCUGACUGAAGAAAACAGGGACUCUGUGGAGAGAGAAAUCUUUGUUCCUGGUCAGAAAGUUGGGCUGCUACCUUCCUCUCCCUAGAAAACUGUAGUUGCUUAAAGAAAAUGUCUUAAGGACGUAACUUCAACUCUAAACCUGAUUUGGAAGAAACUUAUCAUUUUGUCAUAAGGCUUCAUGCUCUUCCUUUUGCUUAGCCAAGAAAAUAUUUUUAGCUGGAAACAGGUUGUAAAGCAGUUUGGCACACCACAACGUAUCAGGACCAGUGUCUAGUAAGGAGUCCCUGUCCUCUAGUUUUGUGAGUGGUUGUGGUAAGAGAGUAGAAAACAACACAACACCAGUGACGAGACAGGUGCAGUUGGAGCGGGAGAGCUGUGCUCACCUUCGGACCGGACCGAGUCAGAUGGCUGGUCAGGAUUUGCUUGGAGGGACCAUGUUCUCCUCCCCACCUGUUGAAACUGGAUCCCUUGGAUUAUUACAGUGGGGGUUGGUGUUUUAAAAGUAGUCGGGGGUCUACAGGAAUAACAUUCAUGCAGGGACAUCUGUGAAAGCAAAGUAAGAAUGAAACCUUUGCAGACUUCACACUGGUUGGAUUGCACUUCAGUGUUUUGGCUGUUCCUCAUUUUGAGGGAUCAGCAGUUGCCAUCCCGUGACUUGAGGGGGAUCUCUUUUGGUGUGCACAUCCAUGAUGUGCAUAGUAUAUAUAUGCAAAGCAGAUGGGCAAAAAGAUUUCCAUGCUAAUCUUAAAAGGUUCAUGCUCAAUAUGGUGAAAAGCUUUCAAAAGUUGUUUUUAAAAGACAAUCAUUUUUUGUUCCUAUUUUAAUUUUCUUGUGGCAAACUGUACCAGAAAAGCAGCAUGUCAAAGAUACUUCAUGUUCUGUAUAGAUAUCUCUCUCUUUUUUUCUUGCUUGCUUGCUUUCUUUCUCUUCCUCCUUUUCCUUUUUUUUUAUUAUUAUAAAUAUUUAUUAUUUAUUUUACCCUUUACUGACAAUGUGAAACUCACAGAAAAUGUUCUCCUUUUAAAUAUACAGCUGUAAACCGUCAAGGUAACCAUAACAAACUAGGUGUUAUUUAUUAACGUAUUAUGAAAUAAUGUUUGAACCAGUAUGUGCUUGUCUUAUUUAAAGUUGGAAUGUGAGACAUGUUGCUGUGACCUGGUUUUUUUUUUUUCUCAUUCACGUUUGUAGAUAUUGUGUGAACUACAGUAUAUAAUGAUAAUAAUUAAAAGGAUAUUAUGUGAAUGUCACGUACAUUUUGAAAUGAUAGAACUCCAUUAGCUUUGUAUCAUGUUUGGAUAAUUCAUCAAUGUUCACAGUUUAAAACAUCAUUAAACAUUAUGUAAUUAGCAAUGAGAAAGAAUCUUACCUAACUUAUUAAAUUUGGGAUUUCCCUCAUCUCUUUUCCAGAUACAUUAUAAUUCUGGACCCCUAUUUAUCUCAAAACUCUUAACAUAUGCAGACCAACAGAUUUUUGCAUUCCUUUUAAAUAUCUGGUUGUGACAAAGCUUGUUGUUGAUCAGAUUCACUGUUUCAUUCAUGUUAUUGUAAUAUAUUUUUUGUUUUGUAAAUAAGUUACACACAACAAAAUGUGAUUGGUCUAAAAUAUUUGUAAUGUAUAUUAAAAGGCUCAAAAAUA